AUGACCACAUCCCUGCACACGAUGGCGGCUUCCGAUACGACAACACAACCGCACACCCCGCCGGCAUCCGGAUUCGACAUGCAACGGCGACGCAACUCGUUCUGCUGUCCCACGACGCCCCGGCCAACAGUAGCCAUGAGCACGUCACGGGACCCGGGCUUUAUGCGGCAGGUGGCGAGCAUGGGAGCACUCAAUUACCUGAUCAAGCCGGUAUCCGCACAGACAGUGCACAGCCUGUGGCUGAAUGUGUUCUCGUGCCCACAGCAGCCUAUUCACGGCUCGCAGGACAGCGUCCUGGAGGCGCCGCAGCAGAAGAUCUUCCAGCGGCGGAUACGCACAGACGCGUUCAACGGAGCAAGCACUGCAGACGGGCGGAAUGCAGCAUUCGAGGAGGACUUUAUCCGGCAGUUUAUCCCGUCGAUUGGAGCGACAGCACCGCCUGACGGGGAUGUGUUUGGAGACGUGGUGGUCGACAGCGAGUACCUGGGCGCAGAUGGCGCCGAGUCGGGCUUUAUGGAGAGCGCAAGGGCGCAGCUGCUUCGGGCGCAGCUCCUGGAGUGGUCAUUCAACCCGUGGGAGAUGUCCAGGCGCGACCUGCUCGACAGCGCAGUUGUGAUGAUCAUGGAUGCGGCGGCGUGCGUGGAGCUGGAGCUGCGGGUACCGCGGGUGCAGCGGUUCGUGGCGAUUCUGGAGACGGCGUACUACGACAACCCGUACCACAACUUCCACCACGCAAUCGACGUCACACAGUGCACAUUCUACAUGCUGCAUUCGCUGGGGCUGUUCAACAAGUCGGGGUUCAGGCGGGCGUCCCUGCGGACCCCGGCGGAGACGUCGUUCCCGAUACGCAGCAUCCUGCGACCGGUGGAUGCCCUGGCGCUGAUUGUGGCCUCGCUGUGCCACGACCUGGGCCACCCGGGCCUGAACAAUGCGUUUAUGGUGCGGGCACGCACGCAGCUGGCGGAGGUGUACAACGACCAGUCGGUGCUGGAGAACUUCCACGCGGCGUGCUUCUCGAUGAUCAUGUCGUACUACUUCACCGACUUCAUUGCCCGCCAUGCCGACGCGAGCAGCACCAGCUUCGACUACGAGGAGCUGCGGCGAGUGGCGGUCCACGCGAUCCUGGCCACCGACAUGGCGCGGCACUUUGAAUUCAUUGGGAAAUGCAAGGCGCAGCACGAGCGCUUCCACUCGGGCUCCAAUCUGCCACUGACAGCGCAGCAGCACGAGGCCGAGCGGUGUCAGCUGGCGGCCAGCAUCCUCAAGUGCGCGGAUAUCAGCAACAUCCGGUGGACGAAGCGGCUGAACCGCGAGGUGACACUGCAGGGCGACAUUGAGGAGUCGCUCGGCCUGCCACGCAGCAUCGUGGUGGACACCGACAAUGUGCCCGCGUCGCAGAUUGCGUUCUACGAGGGCUGCGGGCGGCCGCUGUUCCAGGCGGUGGCGGACCUUGUGCCCGAGCUGCAGUUUAUGCCAGAGCAGCUGGAGCACAACAUCCGCAACUGGACCUUCAUCAAGGCGCAUGGCCGUGUGCCGGAGAUCCCGUACGGCCUGAAGCAGACCGUGGCCCAUGAUGUCAGCAGCACCAGGGCUGCGUCAACAGACUCGGCGCCGGACUUUUUUCCCAAGCGGUCCGUCACAUCCAUUUCGUACACGACUAGCACACUGACUGUCAACACCGCGAACAGGCACGGCGAUGAGUCGUGCAGCCAUGGCGAGGCGAAGCUGCUGGCGGCGACUGUGCCGUCACCGCCCGACAGCCAGCAUUCUGAUUCUGCCACAACCUCUGGCGUGUAAAGCAACCCCCUAAAAUAUCUCUCUUUCCAAAAUACUCCUUUCUUUCUUUAUCUUUUCCGCCCUCGUUUCCAGAUUACAUUAUUUCAGUUACAUGUACAGCUAGCAGUACGACGCCCACCACCAGGCGGUGGACGUGCCAGCCGAACUCAGCACGCAGUCCGAGCAGAGGAUGUCAUUUGUCACGUAGCGGGAGGGAAGCGCAGUUUUCAUUGA